AUGAAAACAAAAACAUCACGUGACAAGGACACGGGCAGAACUGAGACGCCGCACCGCCGUGCCACUUACAACGGCCUCCAUUCGUCCUGGCCUCGCGGUGGCACCGGCCUCUCUGGUUGCAUCGUCUCGUUGUUCGCAAACUUUUUGCGGAGUUCGCGACGCAACUUCGCACGGGCUCUACGCAGUACACACCCACAACCGGCGACGACCACCGGCCCACUGACG